AUGCAGGGCGGCCAGGAGCUGGGGACGUCGGGGGGCUCCUCGGGGUCUGGGUGCCAGCCCCUGGGAGACUCCACGGAAGAGACCGGGGAGGUCUGCCAGGGGCCCGGCGGGCUGGGCUCUGCCUCGCGCCGGCGACUCUGGCCUCUGCAGGGCUCCUCGCGGGGCUCCCAGCGGCCUGCGACCCAGCUCAGGGGAGACCCGGACGAAGACACGGGGGAGGUCUGCCAGGGCCCCGGGGCGCCCGCUGGGCUGCCCUCUGCGUCGCGCCGGCCCGUCCGAUGGGUGCAGGGCGGCCAAGAGCUGGCGGCCUCGGGGGGCUCGCCUGGGUUGCGGCCCCAGCUCAGGGCAGACCCCGUCAAGGAGAUCGGGGAGGUCUGCCCGGGACGCGCGGAGCUGCCGUCUGGGACCAGACAGCGGCUUGGUGGGCUGCAGGGCUGGCAGGAGCUGGGGGAGUCGGGGGGCUCCCCGGGGUCCGCCACCCAGCACAUGGAAGACUCUGCGGAAGAGACCGGGGAGGUGUGCCAGGGACUCGGCGGGCUGGCCUCUGCCUCCGGCCGGCGCCUCUGGCAGCUGCGGGAUUCCCCGCGGGGCUCCCAGGGCUCUGUGCCCCAGCUCAGGGGGGACUCUGCCGAGGGCACGGGGGAGGUCUGCCAGGGCCCCUCGGUGUCCGGGGGGCUGGCCUCUGCCUCCCGCCGGCGGCUCGGCGGGGUGCAGGGUGGCGAGGAGCCCGGGGCCAUGGGUGAACCCAGGGAAGAUCCUGGCCCAGCACCUGGCGGGCUGGGCGCUGGGGCUGAUGCUUCCUGCUUGGGCCGGGCCCAGGGACCCAGAAGCCUGGGGAUGGUUGGAGAAUAG